CUCCUGGCCCCAGAACCUUUCUGUGUCUGUUCAAGUGCGAUCGACAAGAGAACCAGUGACUUGAAUCUCGUACGAUAUUUUCCCAGCCCUCGUUUAACUUUUGUGGUGGAGAACGAAGUUUCAUUAAUUUUAUGAUCGUGUUCAACAGUGAUCACGGACGGUGUGGUUUUGGGGCGGACUGCAUUUUUGCUGCAUUUUCUGCAAUCAGAUCAGGAGUUUGUACAAACUGUGUUGCCGGCAUGUCGAUGCCAUACGCAAUGCAGAUGGUGAAAGCCGAGCAGAAGAGACGUUCUCAGGGCUCCAGUCCACCACCCCCGUCGGCGUAUAUGGAAGAACCACCGGCAGUCUCCAUAGCUUCAGGCCAAAGCCCAAUGAUGUACAACAGCAAGAUGAUGAAUAGCAUCUGGGGCAUGUACAACAAGUACUCCGUACACAACUUCAAGUCGAAGCUCUGCGACCCUUCCUUCACUCAGGCAGUGAACGAGAACGGCAUGGCGGAGGCACUCGUAGCUAAGAGCCAGAAUAAGAAGGGAGCUACAGGAUUCCCUUCUACUGCCUACGACAUGUUCAAGUUUCACUAAAGUCUUUGCUCGUCAACACAAGUGGGACAAGACAAGAGCGGACAGAGACUGAUGUUUCCAAAGACUGAUCUUCUCUGGCUUGAAGUCAUUCGUUCACUCGGCCCACUUCGAAGUUUUUUGCACGUACUUCGAUCCAUGCAGGAGGCAAAUGCGCCGAUCAAAACAAGACACUUAUAACCGCCCUGCUGCUCUGUACUAUCUUCUGAUAUGUGAGAUGUGAUUGUGCUGAUCUCGAUCAUGGGUGUAUACGAGAUUAUGAUUAUAGGGACUUGGUUGCGGAACUUAGCUUUGGAGAGAUUAAUCUCUGUGUUCUUAUUAUGAUGUUCUCGUUUUGAACUGAAACGUCUAGUCAUUCUUGUGCUGCUAUAGAUUUAUUAAUAUCUUGAAUUUGUGUAUCUCACGAUGUUACAUUUACGAGAAGCAUUAGUAUCCCUGAGACCCACACUUACAAAUCCUUUUCUUUAAUGUAAUGCUGAUAAAUAUAUUGUAAAAUUAGUUCUGA